AAGUAUAAUUUCGUUGUUCUUGAAGGGUCAAACUGAAGUUUAAGGAAUGAACGGAUUAUAUGAAAUUGAAUAUGAAGCUAAGAACAACAGUCAUUGCCAGUCGGGAUGCUGUGAUACACUUCGCCGCCGCAUUUGGACACUGCCGGUGGUUCAGAUUCCCUCUGAAUCUGGUACAGUAGAUUCGCUUCCCACCUCCGCAAUGCAAGGCACCAUGGAAGAACGACCUUAUCUUCAUCCUCCGUUCUCCUCAAAAACCCAUCAGCCCACCUGGGCAAUUUCCUCCUUGUCGCUUCUAUCACCAGAACCCUAUCAGAAAAUCUCGAUCCCAAUUCCAUCGUCAACCAGAUUCUCUGCAGAAACUCCCUCGAUCCCUCCAAAAAGCUGGACUUCUUUAGAUGGUGUUGUUUUCUCAGACAAAAAUUCAAACACACUGCAGACACUUACUCUCUCAUGUUUCGUACCCUCUGGCCUCUGCCUCGCUGGAUUCUUUGAGAAAGUCCCCACUUUGUUGGGUUCGAUGAAGGAAGAUGGUGCUUUCAUUGGCCCUGAGACUUCCAAGUUCUUCUUGAUGCGUUUACUCGCUCUAGUAAGUUUGAUUCUGCGCCAAUGCUGUCACUUACCGCAUUGUUGACGCUAUCUCUGUUUUGUGACCUGAAGAAGAAGGGACAGUUUGUGGAUGCCAUCACUUACAGCUUUGUUGCGUAGCAGCUCUGUAAAGAGGGUUUGCUUGGGGAAGCACUACUGUUUGUGGAAGAGAUGGAAGCCAGAGCCUUUGUUGUAGAUUUGGUUACCAUAGCAUCAUAAGGAAAGUGGGAAUGGGCAGAGCGGUUCAUGAAGCACCUUAGGGAAGAAAGUAAUCUCAUGCUUCUCAAGUGAAUAUGUAAGCUUCAUUGAAAAAUUCACGUUAAAAAAAGGAUUACUGCAAUGUUUGCAAAUUGCCACGAAAGGAAACUUCAGUGAUAUAAUGAAAUUAAGUUGGCUCU